AUGCAUCGUGGUUGCGAUGCACUCUCCAAAGAAACGCGAUCGAAGAAGAAGAAGAAGAAGAAGAAGAAGAAGAAGAUGGAGAAGGCGAUGAAGAAGAGGAGGGGGGAAGAGGAGGAGGCAGACGAAGAGGAGAUUGGGGAGGAAGAUACAGAUGAUGGGAGCGAACAUGAAAGUGCGAUAGGGGUCAAUUAG